AUGCUGGCUACGACGGUAGUCGAAGUCUCCGCCCACCUAAACAUAAUCCCCUUGGACUAUAUCACCCCCAUCCCGAAGACACGAGUCUCCUUCCACCCAAAACCACACGCAGUCUCCCCAAAACCUGGAACCACCUACACCCAUCCCGACACACCGGCAAUAUGUCCCACAUCAACCCGCCUAAAGGCAGAAGAAAUAAUGAACAUCGUGGAGUGCUACGGCUCCCACGAGUGCACAACCCCAGCUGGUGAAUGGCUGGUUCUGGGUGCGCUUCCAGAUUUGGGGGAUGAGCUUGGGUUGGCGCGGUUGGUGAAUCUUUGUCGGGAUAUUAAGGCUGUUUACCCGCCUGGUGCGGUUGUGGUUAUUGUUACGGAUGGGAUUUGCUACAAUGAUCUUACGGGGAUUUCUGAUGAGGAGGUCUGGGAGUAUGGGAAUCGACUGCGGAAGAUCGCUGUUGAGAAGGGAUAUGCUUGUAUUCAGUUCCAUCGUAUUAUGAAUAUGCUGGGUCUUUAUACUGCCCAGAUUUCCAAAUCCGAUUAUGUGAAGCUCUGUGGUCUAUCGAGGGCUGAACUUCAUCGACGAUGUGGACGGCCGGAGUUCGAUGUCGAUAAGUUUUUGAAAAGUGACGAGGAUUAUCUGAGGACAUAUAACGGAUACGACAAGUUCAUGAAAGUCGAUCUAAAAUUCAGCCCUGUGACCAAAGAUUGCGCUGGCCCCAAGCAAUAUAAGAAGAAGAUCAAAAGUAUUGCAAAGGAAAUGAUUGCCCGCGGAGUGGAGUACGCGGAGCUCAAGUUUGACCUCAUUAAGAAGGAUGGUCAACCAUAUUUCUUCCGUGAGAGCUCGCCGCUCUUCAAUUGGAACGCCAGUGUUGAUUUUGAGCAUCAUUAUGGGCAAAAUUUGGUUGUUAGGGUACGGAAACAGAUGGAUCAAGAACUAUCUGACUCGGAUUUGGACAAGUUGGCACAUUUGGCAAUCCAACAGAAGAGUGUGUCCUUUGUCUAUGUAUAA